AGCCGUGGGUCGGCGUCAUAAGACUACCUCUUGCGAGUCCCUAAGCUGACAAGCUAGGGUGAGGCCGGUGGCGAGUCCGCUGCUGGCGUGGCCACCACGGUCCGAUAGGGCGCCAUCGUCCGUCUACCGAUUGGCAGUCUCUCGCUGUUGCUGUGCUGACAGCCCUCAUUGUCGGCUCGUCUUCAAGCACAACCAAGAAGCCUUUCGCAGAGCCUUUCGAUUUCACCAAACGUCAUUUCGACACGGGUCCGCAGAAUCGUCGAUUUGAUCGCCGCGUUCAAUAUGAUGUCCUCUCUAAUAUCAUCGCGAGUAGCAGCGCUUCUUCCAGCGCUGCAACACGCUUCCGGAGCAUUCGCCGCGCUCGCUGCGGGCACCGCCACCCGCUACACGUCGCAAGUAGCUUUACUAGAGCCUCAGAGGGCGGCCUCUGCCCAGAGCGCGCCAUCCGGCAGCACGUCGGGUGGCCCACCGUCGGCCUUGCCGGUUACGCCCAACGUGGCAGCCAGCCCACUUGAUGCCUUUCAGUCUAAGCUCCAAAGCAAGACUGAGCAAGAGAUUUUAAAGCUGAUGGAGGAGGCAAGGGCAGCGAAACUGGGCGCUGGGUCAGAAGAACCUGAAGAGGAGCACGAAGGAGAGGAGGUGCCCAACCCCGACACUGGGGAGCUGUACGGGCCACGCGGCCGGGAGCCAACUCGCUAUGGUGAUUGGGAGAACAAGGGCAAGUGCAUCGACUUUUAGAUGGCCGACAGCUUGUAAGUUGGCAUGCCGUGGUGCUUCAGACAGUUAGGAUUUAUAGUUGCUGGAGCACAGGCAUCCAGCGGGUGCUAAACAGCUGGCGUUGGGUGUGGGUGGAGCAUGUGCGGGUGGGAUGUGAUAGGGCCGGCCCGGGUGCUCAUCAAGGCCGAGCACAAUCCAGUGAGGUGCCCGGGUCACAGCUAGCUUCAGUACACUAUGCUCUCGCAAAAUUCAUCUAGCGGACGGUGCAAUUUUUCGUCAAAGCUAGGUGGUCAGUUGGGGGCUCAGGAGAAGAGAAGAUGACAAGGCUGCGGUGUCUGUACAGAUGGCAUACGGGUACGUUUACCCGGGUGCAGUGCAGUGGGGGAUGCCAUUGCGUAGUGGUUGAGCAGAGAGUCCGUGGCGUCGGCAACAGAGUUAUGGAUGGUGGUGAAUCAGGCGACAGGUGUACUGCAGGUACCGCAUGUGUACCAGGACUUGACUCACACCUGCUGCCCAGUAAUUCAAUUCAGCAGUAUCAAGGCCACCACCAGCCUCCACCAAGAGCAGCAGAGGUUCGGGUGAUGAUGUGGGGCGCGGUGUAUUGAGAUGGCAUCCUGCAUGAUGAUAUGGGCGCUUCAUAGCGUUAAGCCAAUCGAGCCCACUUCGGAGACAGGUUGGAGUGAGAGCCGCUUCACCCCGGUUAGUCCGUUAGUGCACGUGGCUGAGUGCUGUGUCGCAUUAUCGAUGAUGCUUUUAACGAUACCGCAGUAGGGUGGCGAAAUGCGCCAGGUACCGUACUUUUGCUGUGAGGUGCGGGGCAGAGGCCGCUUCUUGUAAGGAGUUGUUCCC